GACAAACCACUUCUCUAUGCCCCUCCCCUCUCCCCGGGAAACGAUUUAGGAUCGAUUCCUAGAUCACCGCGACUGCUUCUUACAUGUUGACAUUAGUAAAAAUUUCAGAAAUGACACCAGUUGAGGUUUGGUAUGUAUUUCUUCAAUCUCCUUCAUUGGAUCCGCCAAUAUGUUGAAAUAUCGUCGGAGAGAGUUGUCGAGAUUUGACAUGGCGGACGGGGAUCCUAAAACUCCCUUGUCGACAACGCCAAACGAAGAUUUCAACCCACUAGCGGAGGAACAAGGUGACUUCAUUAGACAUUAUGGCCAGAGUAAAGAGGAACACCAUGAUGCAGAUUGCAGUGGCAGUGAAGAUGAAACAGAUUCUCAGUGUGCAUCAAUGGAGGAAAUAUCAGGGACUCUGUACAGUGUUACACCACCAACUAAUAUUCGUGGAGUUAAAAGGGAUAAGAGAAAACAACAGACAAGCAUUCAGAGAACAUCCUACAAACAGUUCACAGAAUUAAAGAAGGCAAAGAAAUCUUCGUGGAACCCUAUCAUCAAAGAAAGAUAUGCAAAUGACCCUAUGUUUUGUAAACUUGGUCAUAUUGAUUCUGAUGACAAUCUUGAGAAAGAUUUUGCAGAUGACAAGGAUAAAAGAAGUAUGGAUAGUAGGGAUUUAAAGAAGAAAAGUAUGACAAAAAGUAUAGCUCAUGAGAGGUUAGCAAAGAGAAGUUCCAGUGAUUUAGCUGCUAUUGACACAACUACAGUUGAUGUACCUGUUCCACAAGCAGCAGCUAAGGUAGAUACCUCUGGAAGAUUUUCCUCUUUCAACUUUCAUGGUAGAGUUCCAGUAGAUAGUUCUGGAAGGUUUACAUCAUUGAAUCUGAAGUAUCAUGCACUUUCAUCAGCAGGACAGUCAUUGAGCUCAAGCUGGACUGCAGGCAGAAGUGAACAUAGACGACAGUCUGUGGUAAAUGUAGAAGUGCCAAAAGAGAGAGUAGAUUUUUUCAAAAUAUUUUCAACACUGAUAAACAUGGGUUCACAUUCAAAGAAAGAAAAGGAGGUGAAGGGAAUGAAAGACAAAAUGAGCUACAGAAGGCAAAUUAGUUCUGAGCAGGAAUUAUGGCAAGAGCGUUAUAAAGAUUACUUGUGGCUUGAACUCCAGAUGGAAAAAAAUGGAUUUAAAACUCUGCAUGAACAAGAAGAAUAUCUGAAAAGGCAACGAGAAAAAAUUCCAAAUGUACUUGAAGAAAUACUUAAAUUCAAAUUUGAAUACUCCUUGCAACAAAGUGAUAUAAGGAGGGAAGAAGAACCUAGUAUUACUGAGAAUGCACUUUAUUCAUUUACAUUAACUGCAGAAAUAAUCUCACAACAGAGAGAAGCUCUUAUUCAUGUGCAGGAAUUGUUAAACAAACUAGAUGUUUGUGAACAAUUAUUUCCUACUUCAAAGGCAUUUGCAAAAGAAUUUGAGAUGUAUAGUGAUAAACAAUUCACUCAGCAAGUUAAAUCGUUGUAUCUUUGGCAAAGUAUUACUAAAGAUUUAUGCUACAAGAUUAAAAAACUUGGACUCGUACUUGGUGCUCAGCAUGCAUCAGAUUUUGACUGGCCAGCAAUAGAUAUUGAAAGUCCACGAUUUUUGGAUGACUUUAAUUGCAGUAGUUAUAGUAGACAGGAUUUACCAAGAAUACAUGAACCUUCUGAUGGAAUCAGUGAGGAUGAACUGGAAAUUUCCCCAGAAAUCCCUAGCACUCAAUCUGACAAUGCCAAGCGUGUAACAUUUACUUUAGAUAGAUCAAAGUCAUCAAGGAAUACAAGCCCUGUGAGUCCGGAGACUCCCCUCAAGAGAUUAAACAUGACUCCUUCUUGCUCCUCUGGAAAUCUCUCUAGAGCAUCUAGUGAAGCAAGCUUAGAUGAGCUGCAUCCACCAGCGAAGCUGUUAUUUAGGAAGUAUGUGGACAAAACUUUAAAACGAAUGGGAAUGAAUAAAAUGUUGUUGAGGUUUAAAGAGCUUUUAGAUGGAACAUUACAAAGGGCCAGAGAGGCUUUGCAGAGACCAAAGAUUCACUCCCAUUCUGAUAUACAGUCUCCAGAAGUGGAUGGAACAGUGCAGCUGUCCUCAUCCCCAGCCCUAGAUCUCCACUAUGCUGAUACCUCUUCAGUUAAUGUCUUUCACAGAAGCUCCAGUCUGAUUGACUUUGGGGCUUGGAGUGAACAGUUCAUUCAGAUGGGCUUACCAUCAUUCCAGUCAAGUUACCUUUUCCUACUUCAUGUUUUUCUAGAAGUAAUCCACGAAGCAAUGCAACUACGACUAGAACAGAGACCAGUCAUAGAUCCCUCUUUUCUCAGUAUCAGACCGCUACUGAAAGAAUGUAAGGAAGUUCUAAGAGGAGCAGUGAUAGUGAAACAGUAUUUUCAGACCAUGGUGGAUGAUGUAUCAUCAGAGGGUGAGACAAAUAUAAUGAAAGAUUUGGAGGAAUUUGAUGAUGAUGUCAGGAAAAUGUUGGAUGUAUAUUUUACAUACUUGCAAAGCUGGAUGUUAGCUUUGCAGAGUCUUCCAGAAGCAUCUCUCAAUCUAAAAAAUGUCUUAGAAUCAGAGUGGCUCUUCACUAAGCAGAUAUGCCCUCAUGUAAUAGGUGGAGAGGCAGAAGCAGGCAAACGAUUCAGUUCCCUGGCUAGCAGUCUUUUGAACUCAAUAGCAGACUUCUUGGAAAGUGGUAUAGAUGACUUCACAUCGAGCCUUUACAACCUCACUAUGAAUGAGGACAGUGAUGAGACAAUGGAAACAACAGAGAAAGACAGCAAUAACAACAAUGACAGUGAUACAAAUGAUGAAGUGCAGGAUGAACAGAAGAUGGUGAUUCAAGAAAUAAGGCAUUUAUUUCAACAGACUUCUAGAAAUUGCAAAAAACUUUUUAAUGAAGCUAGAGAGAGGGCUUCAAAAGCACUUGGAUUUGCAAAGGCACUGAGGAAGGAUCUUGAAAUUGCAGCAGAUUUUAACAUAGCAGUAACAACUGUGGAGCUUUUGGCAAAACUUAAAACUACCAACUUUGUCAUGGUGAAUUUUGCAUCUCACGAUCCAGGUUAUUUAAUGUUCAUUCCAUCCAGAAUAGCUGACAAUAGGCAUCUUAUUUUGCAACUGUUGAAUGUGACAUGUGGCAGAGAAGAUGUAAGUGUUUCCAUACAGGACUUAGGAAGUUUGAAAGAAGAUGGAUAUCUACUUAUGGUGUGUUGUGAGAGUGGAAAAGGAAGAGUUAAGGAUUGUCCACUGUGGUUUGGUCAAGUGGUCAAAGUGGAUCCUACAGCAGAAACUGCCAUUGCCUUGUCACAUAUACAGGUGGAAGGGUUACUCCUUGUUGUCAUUCAUUCAUCUCAACUUAGUGCUCAGAGAAAGGAGUUUGAGUCCCUGAUGGGGAGAACAGUACAGCUUGUCAAUGAACAGACCUCCUGUCAUCAGGCUAUUGCAGAAUCCUUGACAGAACUAAAGAGUUCUGCCAUGGAUCUUCAAGAAAGAGUUGUUCAAGCUAUAAAACAGGUUGAUGACAAGUUUUACUGUGAGGAAAUGGCAGAUCUUGAUGACACUGAGAAGAAUCAUCUUUUGAAUCUAUACAGGGAGACGAUGCUCAAAGGAUACAAUUUUGGAUUUGAGUAUCUUAGAGAAGUAACGAGACUUGUGACAGGUGAAACGAAACAAAAACUCAGCAAAAGACUUGUCAACUUUGCCAAAGAAUGGAUGGCAUUUGUAACUGAAAAGUGUGAAAAAGGAAGAGGCAUGCGACCUAAAUGGGCUAGUCAAGGAUUGGAUUUUUUAAUUGUUGCUUGUGAACCUAAAGUUCUUGCAUGUCUGACAGAUGAAGAAUAUCAGGAACUGAAAAAGAGCAUUAACAGUUGUAUCAGUCAUGUGAUAGGCUCAGCAGACCGUACACCUGUCAGCCCAACGCAUAGUCAAGGAAAUGCACCCAUCCCACGAUCAUCAAGCGUAGAUUCUGGGAGACAGCCAUAUCUGCGUUAUCCAUCCUGGCCAGCUGAACAAGGGAAAUUCUCACGGUCUACCUCCAACACCUCUAACAAAUCUUCUCAAAGUGAGCCACCCCCAACCUCCACAGACUCCAGGUUUAAACGUCACUCCAUGGACUAUCAUUCAGAGGUUGAAUUGCAUGAAGGUGAUGAUGGUGGAAUAAUCUUAGACAUUCAUCCAACAAAAAACAAUAAAGCAGGGACUGAUGACACAGAUAAUUUGAGCCCUUUAGAAAGAAGAAAACAAGCUAUAAUACGAAUUGAAGAGAAGAGGCAUUUAAGAUUGAGGGAUUCUGGGGUAAUUGGAGUGGUAACCAAUCGAAAAAUUGAACCAGAUUACCGUAUCAGUGUCCGGCGAGUCAACUUUAGAUGGCAGAGAGGACUCAAAAUUGGUGAAGGUCAAUUUGGUAAAGUCUAUUCAGCUGUCAAUAUGGACAAUGGUGAAUUGAUGGCCAUGAAAGAGAUGAAGUUUCAAGCUAAUGACCAUCAAGCUCUGAAAGAAUUAGCUGAUGAAAUCAUCUUGUUUGAAGGCAUGCAACAUCCUAAUCUUGUGAGAUAUUAUGGAGUUGAAGUUCACAGGGAUGAAAUGUUGGUGUUUAUGGAAUACUGUGAUCGUGGAACACUGGAGGAAGCGGCCAGAAUGGGGCUGCCUGAACAUAACAUCAGAGUAUACACCAAGGAAAUUCUGCUGGCUAUCAAUCAUUUACAUGAAAACAACAUUUUGCAUAGAGAUAUAAAAGGUGCCAAUAUAUUUUUGACAUCAAGUGGAUGUUUGAAACUGGGAGAUUUUGGAUGUUCAGAAAAACUGAAAAGUCAUGCUACACUGCCAGGGGAGUUCAACAGCCUUGUCGGAACAUUAGCAUACAUGGCACCAGAAGUUAUUACCAGAAAUGCAUCGCAAGGUCAUGGGAGAGCUGCUGAUAUUUGGAGUUUGGGUUGUGUGGUGAUAGAGAUGUCUACUGGGAAGAGACCCUGGCAUGAGUUAGAGAAUAGUGCACAGAUCAUGUUUAAAGUUGGCAUGGAUGGGAAACCCCAGAUUCCAGAAAGUUUAAGUGCAGAGGGUAAAGAUUUCCUGGUUCACUGCUUCAAAAGUGACCCAACAGAGAGAAGCACUACAGCAGAGCUUUUGGAUCAUCCUUUUGUCAAGGUCCAAGUUGAAGAACAAGAUGGAGAGAACUCUUAGUACCAAGGACUCAUUCUGAACUGUUUACAUUUAUCCAUAUUCAUUGGUCUGGAAGUCUUAAUUGAUUGAAUUGUUAUUGUUCAACUUCAAUAUACCUGUAAAGGUAUAUAUAGAAGAUACACAUUUUAAAUUAUUGUUUAUAAUGAAAAAUAAAAAUAGUUUGCCAAU